GCUAUGAGAAACGCUACAAGCCAUAGUGUGGCUAUAUACAAAUACGAUAGAGGACAAACUAUUUUUUUUUAAAUGUGGUAGGACAGAAAUAAAAUAAAAAAUGGAAAUCGUCUAUGUUUAUACAAAGAAAAGAUCAGACUUUGGUAGACAGUGUAACUUCUCAGAUAGGGCAGCAGAACUCCAUGUUGACAUUCCACCAGAUGACAAUGCACUGGAAGAUUUCAUUGAGAGAGAUCCAGUUGACAUUGGUAUACAAUGUGUGCAGGAAAUGUCUGAGCAUGAUGCCAACACAGAGCGUUUUGAAACCACAAUAAGAGGUAUAAACCACACAGAAGGAGGUUGGCCCAAGGAUGUCAACCCUAAUGAACUGGAACAGGUGACACGUUACAGAAAGAAAGUUGAAAAAGAUGAAGGCUACAUUAGUGCAGUCCUACAUCUGGGAAAUGCAAUGGAACAUUGCAUCAAACAAAACAAUGCCAUAGAUAUAUAUGAAGAAUAUUUUGAAAACAUAGAAUCAGAAACAAUAGAUGAGGCAGCAGCAGCUAAGACAAUAAAUGUUUUUAGAGAUCCAAAUGAUAUUAAGCGGACUGCCACACACAUUUCAUGGUACCCUGAUGGACCAAGAAAACUUGCUGUUGCGUAUUGUAACCUCGUGUUUCAGAGUACAUCACCAGAAACAAGUAUGGACUCCUAUAUUUGGGACGUUGAAAAUCCCAACAAACCAGAGAUGACAAUCAAGCCAGUCUCACCACUAACAUGCCUUGAAUACAAUCCUAAAGACUCACACAUUCUUCUUGGGGGAUGCUACAAUGGCCAGAUUGCCUACUGGGACACCAGGAAGGGAUCUCAGCCAGUUGAACUUACCCCUAUAGAACAAUCACAUCGUGACCCUGCUUACAAAACAGUAUGGAUCCAGUCAAAAACUGGAACAGAGUGUUUUUCAACCUCCACGGAUGGACAAGUAUUAUGGUGGGAUAUAAGGAAGAUGGGGGAGCCAACAGACAAAAUGUAUCUUGACAAAAAACAGGAAUUUCACAAUGCUCAGGGUGCUUACUGUUUAGAAUAUGAACCAACAAUGCCCACAAAGUUUAUGGCAGGAACUGAACAAGGAAACAUCAUAUCAUGUAACAGAAAAGCAAAAACACCCAUGGACAAAAUAGCAGCCGUCUUUACUGGACACAUAGGACCUGUGUAUGCUUUACAGAGGAACCCUCAAUUCACAAAAAAUUUUCUCAGUGUGGGUGAUUGGUGUGCAAGAAUCUGGUCAGAAGACAUUAGGGAAUCAUCUAUCAUGUGGUCUAAGCAAUAUUCAUCAUAUUUAACAGAUGGCUGCUGGAGCCCAAUCAGACCUGCAGUUUUCUUCAUCACAAAGAUGGACGGAACACUGGACGUCUGGGACAUCAUCUUCAAACAGAAUAACCCUACACUAAGUCUACAGGUGUGUGAUGUGCCACUGUACAGUUUGAGAGUGCAGGAGUCUGGAAAAUUAAUAGCCACAGGAUCUCAGGAUGGUACGACAACUUUACUUGAGCUGUCAGAAGGACUUUACACAAUGGGCAGGAAUGAGAAAAAUCUUGUCACAAAUAUGUUUGAAAGGGAGACAAGAAGAGAAAAGAUUUUAGACACAAGACAUAAAGAAAUAAGAUUGAAAGAAAAAACAAAGGCAGAUGGAAAGGAAGAAAAGAAAGACGAAAAGAAACAUGUAUCUGAGGCUGGCAAGCCUGAGGGGGAAGAUGCAGGAGAAAAACCCAAGGAGGAAUCAGAAGACUAUAACGAAGAGGAUCUCUAUAUCAAGGCCGAGAAGGAGUUUUUCAGCAUCAUUGAUGCAGAAAAGAAGAAACUGGCCAUACCUAACCAUGAUUUUGGUGAGGUAGAGAAAAAGGACUGGCUUGAUGAGCAAAGUAAGCUCACUGCUGAUAUAGAAAGUAUUGAGUCUGAAACUCAAGAAAUGACUGUAGAGGAACCAGAAGUUUUACAAACAGUAGCAGAGGAAGAAGAUGAUGUAAUGAGCAAAACUGAGGAGGUUACUGAAAGUGAACCAGCAGAGAAGCCUGAAGCUAAAGAUACCUAAUGACGUCCCUUUAAAAAUAUAUUGAGAACAUGUGAUACCAUUGGAAGGAGACGAGAAAAUAAAUGGUGACCCAGAGACAGAAAAGGAAUAAAACAGAAAAUUACUAAAGCAUUAUGAGCUCAAAUGUAUGUUUAGCAACCUUUAAAAGCGAAUUUGUUUCAGUGUACCUCUUGCAGUAUCAAAAUUCCCACCCACAGUAAUGAAACACUUGUUUGUCUAGCAUAUAGAAUUUAACAACUGAUGCCAAAUUAUCUAGAUAAUUUUUUUCCAUGCAACUGGUUGUUCCAGCCUCCUUUAGUAAAAAAAACUGAAGUACCAAAAUAAUACAUGGUAAAGUUCUAAAUUACUUUAAGAACAAGAAUGAAAAAUGUUACACUUAUUGAAUACAACACUAAGACUUCUGAACCUGAAUGUAUGAUGCUUGAGAAAUUGUUACAUGGAAAAAGUAUACAAUGUAUACAAACUGAUUAUAGGUAUGAAAAACCAAAUGUAUUUAGCCUAUUUCAAAGUUUGUGUCUGUUUAUUCAAUUGACUGUACUCAAUUUUAGUCAUCUGCCAACAAGGUACAUACCAUUGGUUGAAACAGAAUUUGUUUUAGUGAAUUCUGAGGGUUUUUUAUUUUUAAAAACUGCUUUUAUAAUAUUUGUAUUUUCUGGGGAAUGACAUUCUUUUUAAGGAUAGAUCACACUGCAGUUUUAUUUAAAAAUUAAGAAAUAGGAGAGUUUUAUAGUUUUAUAUAUCAGGAUAAAGCUAAGGUAUAUAUAAUAAUGAGUGCAACUCUAUUUGAUGUUUUGACAAAGAAAAUAAAAAUGAUUGUAUGAAGAAAAACAAAGUUAUAUUUGACUCUGUUUAUACUUUUAAUAAAUAUAUUUCCAGAAUUGUUUUCAAACCAGAAUUCUUUUAAUUUUGUAAAGUUCUUACAUUUUGUAUAAUAAAUUAUUACUAAUUAAAAAUAAUAAAUUGUGGU